UUUAUUUUUCUGUUGUGCGUUCACGCAUCUCCUCCUGUCAGAAGGGUCUCUCAUGAGCAGAUGUAGGAGGGAGCGCGGAGAGUGAGAGAGAGGGGGGGACGCAGCACAAACGCCUCAGUCUACUGCAUGCACACACACAAGCAUGCGUGCUGCUGCAGACUAAAUAAGACACCUCCAGUUUUGGAUUAUCUGUCUGGCGGUGCGCUGACUGCCUCCAGACCUGGAGGCCGACCCUCCUCCUCCUCUUUCUCCUCCCUUUCACACUGAAGGAAGAGUAGAGUAGAGACGGUCUACUGUUUGCUUCCUGCAGACUCCAGCCACUCCUGACUUCUGGUCCAGCGUCAUGAACAAGAUGAAGAACUUUAAGAGGCGUUUCUCACUUUCUGUGCCACGAACAGAGACGAUAGAGGAGAACGAGUUUACAGAGCAGAUAAACCAGCUCAACAUCCGCUGCAAUGAUGGUGUGGUGCCCAACAGUCUGGGUCUACACAGCCUGCAACCCAGUCCAGUGGCUCCAGACAGCCAGGCUCAAUCUCCAACCCAACUACAGUACCGCAACAAAGUCCAGCACCGCCGAUUCUCCAUGGAGGAUGUAACUAAGAGGAUGUCUCUGCCCAUGGAUAUUCGUCUCCCGCCGGAGUUUCUGAAGAAGUUGCAGAUGGAAAGCCCACCGCCGUGCAAACCUCUCAGCCGCAUGUCCAGAAGAGCCUCGCUGUCAGACAUUGGCUUUGGGAAACUGGAGACUUACGUGAAGUUGGGCAAACUAGGAGAGGGCACAUACGCCACCGUAUUCAAGGGUCGCAGCAAACUCACAGAAAACCUGGUGGCGCUGAAAGAGAUUCGUCUAGAGCAUGAAGAGGGCGCCCCAUGCACAGCCAUACGGGAAGUGUCACUCCUGAAGAACCUGAAACAUGCCAACAUCGUAACGCUGCAUGACAUCAUCCACACGGACCGAUGCCUCACUCUUGUAUUUGAGUAUCUGGACAGUGACUUAAAGCAGUACCUCGACAACUGUGGAAACCUAAUGAGCAUGCACAAUGUUAAGAUAUUUAUGUUCCAGCUCCUUCGCGGUUUAUCAUAUUGUCAUAAGAGGAAGAUUCUCCACCGGGACCUGAAGCCUCAGAAUCUGCUCAUUAAUGACAAGGGAGAACUCAAGCUGGCAGACUUUGGUUUGGCCAGAGCGAAAUCGGUCCCGACAAAAACCUACUCGAACGAGGUGGUGACCUUGUGGUAUCGACCCCCUGAUGUUCUGCUGGGAUCCACCGAAUACUCCACACCCAUAGACAUGUGGGGUUUGGGGUGUAUCCUGUAUGAAAUGGCGACGGGGCGCCCCAUGUUUCCUGGGUCAACUGUCAAAGAGGAACUACACCUGAUAUUUCGGCUCAUGGGCACCCCAACUGAGGAGAGCUGGCCCGGAAUCACAGCUAAUGAGGAAUUCAAAUCCUACCUGUUUCCUCAGUACCGAGCUCAAGCGCUCAUUAAUCAUGUGCCCAGGCUCGACACGGAGGGGAUAGACCUUCUCACAGCACUGUUGCUGUAUGACACGAAGCGCAGGAUUUCCGCUGAAACGUCUCUGAGACACUCUUACUUCCAGACCCUGGGCGAGAACAUCCACUCCAUACCUGACACGUCAUCCGUGUUUUCACUGAGGGAGAUUCAGCUACAGAAGGAUCCGGGACACCGGAGUUCAGUAUUCCAGCCGCCGGGUCGAGGCAAGAACCGUAGACAAAGCAUAUUCUGAGGAGAGGAAUCAAAAGCGGUGCGCAUGAAGAGAUCGGCAGAACAAAAACACUAUGAAGCAGCUUUGUUUCCUCAUGCAAAACACCAAUGCAUGUAUCCAUUCAUAUAUCCACAUUUAUUACAGUCAGUACUUCAGUAAAACAGACUGAAAUGAAGUAAAUCAGCCUAGUUUUACCAAUACUCAAUCUCUAUUAUAGUCAUUUCCAAACCUAAACCCAUGAUCUUGAACCUCACAGCUAUAGGCUACUCAAUGAAGAGACAUUCGCAAUGUCUAGACUUGAGUUGGCCUGGAUUUAGUAGUACUUUCAGGUGUGCAGAUUUAGUAAUUUUAAUUGUAUGUGUGUGUGUGCGUGUGUUUAUGUGCAAGAAACAUGACCUACUUUUCCCAUUUAGUGAAAAUUCCUCCAUUUCAGUUUGAGGUUUGACUUGUUUUGCCAUUUGUGUUUGAUUGAUAGUUGGAUGAGCUCACAUUAUGGUUUACUUUACAACCAUUCAUCCUGUACUAUAAUAUUUAGAUGGUAAAUUGUCAUAAAUAUUUGAGCCAUUGAAUAGAGAAUUACUUGAAUUUUUUCAUGAUACCAUUGAAUUCUGACUAUAUAAGGUGCUGCAAGUGAUUUUUUUUUAUUUAAAAAAAUCCCCAUUUACUAUUGUCAUUCGGUGAUUUUUUUCAAUGAAUUAAAUCGAUCUGAUACAAGGAGAUUCACAUUAUGAAGCAUGAAACGAUUAUAUGUAUAAAAUUAUUAUUAUCAUUAUGUAUUAUUAUUAGAAUUAUUACCCCUCCUGUUAAAUGUUAAUUAUUUGAUAUUUUCCCCCCCAAGUUCUCUGUACCGGUGUGAAGAUUUUUUUUUCCAACAUUUCUAAACAUAAUAGAUUUAAUAACUAAUUUAAGCGCAAUUGAAGAUUGAAGUUUUUGAAGCGCAAUUGAAGAUUGAAGUUUUAAUCGUAAAAGAAUCAUUCAUAUGAAAUGGUUCUCUAAAAUGAUUCAGUUGAACUGCUGAAACUCUCCUUCAAAGAUGAUUUGCAUAAAACCACAAAAAGCAGUCUUAACUUAAAUUUAACCUUUUUAACUUUUUAAAACUCGUUGUUUUAAAUGAUCUAAACAACAUUGUUUUAUGCAAAUAUAACACAUUUCCAACCUCUCCCCUAUGAAACACACCUAAAUCAACUCAUCAGAACAUUAGAAGAGACUCCGCAACCUGAAGUUAAUGGGUAUGAUAAGGGAGACACCGAUAAUAUGUACUGUUGGUGUGCCUACAGGAACAGGGUUGGGAAACAAUGGUGCACGUAACCAUUUGUGGCAUCAUAGACAUAAAUAUUUUAUCAAUUUUUUCUUUUAAAAAUGAUCGCUUUCUGGCCAUCUGAUAUUAGCUAUGGAUAUACACUACCUGACAAAAGUCAUCGGUUCCAGUUGUAAGAGCAACAAAUAAUAACUUAACUUCUAGUUGAUCAUUUGGAAAAGUGGCAGAAGGUCAAUUUUUCAGAUGAAUCAUCUGUUGAACUGCAUCUGAAUCAUCACAAAUACUGCAGAAAACCUAAUGGAACCCGCAUGGAUCCAAGAUUCUCACAGAAAUCAGUCAUGUUUGGUGAAGGAAAAAUCAUGGUUUGGGGUUACAUUCAGUAUGGUGAGAGAUCUGCAGAGUGGAUGGCAACAUCAUCAGCCUGAAGUAUCAAAACAUUUGUGCUGCCCCUUACAUUACAAACCACAGGAGAGGACAAAUUCUUUAGCAGGAUAGCCCUCCUUCUCAUACUUCAGCCUCCACAUCAAAGUUUCUGAAAGCUAAGAAGGUCUAGGUGCUCCAGGAUUGGCCAGCCCAGUCACCAGACAUAAACAUUAUUGAGCAUGUCUGGGGUAAGAUGAAGGAGGAGGCAUUGAAGACGAAUCUUGAUGAACUCUGGGAGUCCUGCAAGAACGCUUUCUUUGCCAUUCCAGAUGACUUUAUUAAUAAGUUAUGAGUCAUUGCAGAGAUGUAUGGAUGCAGUCCUAUAAGCUCAUGGAAGUCAUGCAAAAUAUUCAUUCUGUUUCCACUGCACCAUGACUUUAUAUUCUAUACUGGACAUUAUUUCUGUUAAAGUCAGAUCCUACUGUCCUAAUAAUUAAAAAUCAAGGUAUGGUCAUAUUUUAUUUAGCUAAAAUAUGCGUAAUCUAUAUCAUAUUAGGCACUUCUGAUACCAAAUGAUCAGCUAGAAGUCAAGUUAUUAUUUGUUUAUCCUAAAACUUAGGCAACAAGACUUUGGUCAGGUAGUGUAUAUUGCGAUCAUAAUUUUCAAACGCAUUACAACGCUUUGUAAACGUUUGUUAACAACAUUUGUUGAGCUCCCAGUACAGUUUGAUUGAGUGCUAAGGAAGCAGAUUCCCAUCCUGUUCACAAAAUGAUUGACAAGACUGAUCUAAUUUUUAAUUGGUUAGGAAGGAGCUGUGGUACUCCAACAGCCACACACAAAAAAAAUCACUUUCAGCAUCUUUAACUUAGUUAGUAAUUUACAAUAUCAUCAAAAGGUGCCUUUUGCAGACCAUAAGAGAUGAUGGGGGCCAAUUUUACGCCUUUAAAAAAAUAUCUACUACAAUUUCUCAAGGAUCUUGGUCCUUUCAAGUAAUUGCACAAGCAGUUAUUGGUUUUGCCAUUUAAGCUAAUUGCUACUCUGUAUUUGCACAUGGCAUGCAAGUGUCCUGGAAUUGAAACCUAAUUUUGUUCACUUUCUCCUACUGUAUCUUGUAGUUUUAAAAUCAACGCACUAUGACUCUUUAUUGUAAACGGCACUGAGCACAUGCUAGUGGAGAAAAACUCAAAGCUUGACCUCCAGGGAACAGAAAUGCUAUUGAAAAUGACUGACAAAGAAAAAAAUAUAUAUAUAUAAUGACUUAUAAGGAACUUAGUUUAACAUCACUGCAGCAGUGGCACUAAUUUAUGUGUUUUGUGGUAAAUGAGAAUAUUUUAAAUACUCUAUUGAGAAGAAUUAAUAUAUAAAUAUAUGUAUUUUGACAGGUGUUUAUUCUCAGUGAAAUUUUGACAGAAAAAAAAUAAAGAAAGAACCAUAUUAAAUGCUCUUAGAUGAUGUCUAAAUGUUUUAUAAAAGAUUUAGAUUUUUGUAUGAGAUGUGAUAUUAAAUAUUUUGUGUGAUUUGUCUAUUCUAUUAUGAUAUUCUGAAGCUGAAUGUAUUGUGACUGCGAAAAUGCCAAAAGUAAUUAAAUAAUAAACUAAAUAAAUGACGUUGAGUUGGACCAUGGGAAUGUUUCCAUCCUCGUCUCAAACAAUG